AUGGGGACCCAGGCAAGAACACUGUGCCUACUGCUCUUCCUACUGCAGAUCUUUACUAAGCCAGCUGAACUGGCAGAGAACUCAGACUUCCACCUGGCUGGGAACUACCUCUUGGGUGGCCUCUUUAGCCUCCAUGCCAAUGUGAAGAAUGUUGCCCACCUAGACUACCUGCAGGUGCCCAAGUGCAAUGAGUUCGACAUGAAGGUGCUGGGCUACAACCUCAUGCAGGCCAUGCGCUUUGCCGUGGAGGAGAUCAACAACCAUAGCAGCCUGCUGCCAGGCGUGCGGCUGGGCUAUGAGAUAGUGGACGUGUGCUACCUCUCCAACAAUGUCCAGCCCGGGCUCUACUUCCUGGCACAGAAUGACGACUUCCUGCCCAUCCUCAAAGACUACAGCCAAUAUGUGCCCCAAGUGGUGGCCGUCAUCGGUCCUGACAACUCCGAGUCCACCAUCACUGUGUCCAACUUCCUCUCCCUUUUCCUCGUUCCACAGGUCACCUACAGCGCCAUCUCUGACAAGCUUCGGAACAAGCUGCGCUUCCCUGCCAUGCUGCGCACGGUGCCCAGCGCCACCCACCACAUCGAGGCCAUGGUGCAGUUAAUGCUCCAUUUCCGCUGGAACUGGAUAGUGGUGCUGGUGAGCAACGAUGACUACGGCCGAGAGAACAGCCAGCUGUUGAGCCAGCGGGUGAUCAACACCCGGGACAUCUGUAUCGCCUUCCAGGAGGUGUUACCCAUGCCGGAAGCCAGCCAGGUCUUGACACCUGCGGAGCGCCAGCACCUGAACACCAUCCUGGACAAGCUGUGGGGGACCUCGGCGCGCGUGGUGGUGGUGUUCUCCCCGGAGCUGGUCCUGCAUAACUUCUUCCAAGAGGUGCUGGCCAGGAACUUCACGGGGAUCGUGUGGAUAGCCUCUGAGUCUUGGGCCAUUGACCCAGUUCUGCACAACUUCACGGAGCUGCGCCACACGGGCACCUUCCUGGGCAUCACCAUCCAGCAGAUGUCCAUACCCGGCUUCAGUGACUUCCGCGUGCGCCACGCGGGAGGUGGGCCUCCCACACCCAACAGGACCAACCUGCGGGCCACCUGUAACCAGGACUGCGAUGCCUGCCUGAACGCCACAGAGUCAUUUAGCAACACGCUGGUGCUGUCCGGAGAGCGCGUGGUCUACAGUGUGUACUCUGCGGUCUAUGCUGUGGCCCACGCCCUGCACAGACUCCUGAGCUGUAACGCCAAAAGCUGCCUCACGAAAGAGAUCUAUCCCUGGCAGCUACUCAAGGAGAUCUGGCUUGUCAACUUCACCCUCCUGGGCAACCAGCUCUUCUUCGACCAGCAGGGUGACAUGCCGAUGAACUUGGACAUCAUCCAGUGGCGGUGGGGCCAGAGCCAGAAUCCUUUUCAGAGCAUCGCCUCCUACUCUCCCACCCAGAAGAGGCUGACCUACAUCAACAAUGUGUCGUGGCACACCCCCAACAAGACUAUCCCUGUGUCCAUGUGUUCUAAGAGCUGCCAGAGUGGACAAAUAAAAAAGCCGGUGGGCCUCCACCCCUGCUGUUUUGAGUGCUUCGACUGCCCCCCAGGCACCUUUCUCAACCGUUCUGCAGAUGAAUUUAACUGCCAGUUCUGUCCGAGUUCCAUGUGGUCCCACAAGAAUGCCAUCACUUGCUUCAAGCGGCAGCUGUCCUUCCUUCAGUGGUACGAGGCGCCCACCAUCGUGGUGGCCAUGCUGGCUGCCCUGGGAUUUUUCAGCACACUGAGCAUGCUGUUCAUCUUCUGGAAACAUUUCCAGACGCCCAUGGUGCGCUCGGCGGGAGGUCCCAUGUGCUUCCUGAUGCUGGUGCCACUGCUGCUGGCAUUUGGGAUGGUACCAGUGUAUGUGGGGCCGCCCACGGUUUUCACGUGUUUCUGCCGCCAGGCCUUGUUUACGCUCUGCUUCUCCAUCUGUCUGUCCUGCAUCACCGUGCGCUCCUUCCAGAUUGUAUGUGUCUUCAAGAUGGCCAGCCGCCUCCCUCGCGCCUAUGGCUUCUGGAUGCGUUACCAUGGGCCCUAUGUCUUUGUGGCCUUCAGCACAGCCAUCAAGGCGAUGCUGGUGGUGGCCAACAUGCUGACCUCCACAAUCAACCCCAUGGGUCGGAUCGACCCAGAAGACCCCAACAUCAUCAUCCUCUCUUGCCACCCCAACUACCGCAAUGGGCUGCUGCUCAACACCAGCAUGGACAUGCUGCUGUCCGUGGUGGGCUUCAGCUUCGCCUACAUGGGCAAGGAGCUGCCCACCAACUACAACGAAGCCAAGUUCAUUACCCUCAGCAUGACCUUCUCCUUCACUUCCUCCAUCUCCCUCUGUACCUUCAUGUCAGUCCAUGAUGGGGUAUUGGUCACCAUCAUGGACCUCCUGGUCACCGUACUUAACUUCCUGUCUGUCAGCCUGGGAUACUUUGGCCCCAAGUGUUACAUGAUUCUGUUUUACCCAGAGCGCAACACUCCUGCCUACUUCAACAGCAUGAUCCAGGGCUACACCAUGAGGAAGAGCUAGGUCCGCCCACCAUCCUCAGGGGUGGAGCCCCUGGCCUCUCUGCUUUUUCUUUUCCCCAGAGCUUUCGCUAGCCACUCACUUCUGGAAGGUGACCUAUGGGUCUCAAAGAGCGGUCUGCUUUAAAGCAGCCUACUUCUGCCAUCUGGCGGUCAUCGUGGGCAUC